AUGCCCAGGUCGAGCAUAUUCAUUUGGAGGAGAAUAGGCUGCGCUGAGCGUAAGCCUUUGCCUGCUCUCGUUUCACAUCGCACCUCCUCACGACGCCUCUUGAGCCACACCUGCUCCGUCCAUCUAUCCUCCUCCUCUCGACUCGACCAGCACAAGCACAAAUUAACACCAGCAGAAUCUUGCGCGCAAUUGGUAGCUCAGCGAGAUCAUCCUUCCAACUUGUCUGCGCGAUUUUACCCGGCUCAUCUGAGGCGACAUUUCUUGGCCAUCAGAGCUUUUAAUGUGGAGACGGCUAGUGUCAAGGAUAACGUGUCCAAUCCGACGCUGGGACGCAUACGAGUUGGUUGGUGGAGAGAUGCUGUGAGGGGAGCUUUUGAUAACAAGGCCACCCAGCACCCUACAGUGGAGGCGCUCCGAGAUGCCAUACACGAUCCAGCCGUGCUCGCAAAUGGCGGGCUGAUGGAGGACCACUUCAUCCGGAUCAUCGACGCCCGUGAAAACGACGUGCUAGCUCCGUCCGUACCGCCACUCUUGUCGGAAAUCGAGAGCUACUCGGAAGGAACAGCUUCGCGUCUUCAGUACCUCUCUUUGAACCUGCUCGGCAUCUCCCGCGCCUCUCUGGACCAAAUCUUUUCGCACUUGGGUAAAGCGACUGGCUUGACCACUUUGCUUUCCGCAUUCCCAUAUGCGGCUGGCUUUGGACCUGCUGCAAGCAUCGGUGCAGCAGCACCUUCGGGUACUGCUGCGGAGACGCGCACUGCGGCAGGAUCGCAGGUGGGUCAGGAUGUGGGAAGGGCUUUGCAUUCUGGUAGUCCUACUCCUACCACACCUCAAUCCGGCGCAGCUUCUCGAAUCCCUAUUUCGGCUUCUCAAAGACGCAUCUCGCUGCCUAGAGAAUACCUGGGUGCGCACAAUGUGGUGGAGGAGCAGGUAUUCAGGUUGGGCCCAAAGGCGCAGGGAUUGCAAGAUGCAGUGUUCGAUACGGCUACGAGGGCCAAUGAUUAUUUCAUCAGCGCUAGGAAAGAGAUCGAGGGCUUGCAGGGAGGUAGGCUACCGGAAGAAGUUGUCGGCGUGCUUCUGAGCUCGGUGGACUUUGACGUGUUUGACCCCUCUUUGCAAGAAGUCGCAACUGGCAGAGGCUGGAAAUUGCCCUGGGAAAUGUGGAAGGUUCGAAGGAGGGGAAACAUCUGA